CUUUCCUUUUUUUUUUCUUUCAACUUUUUGCCAUCCUUAAACAACAAACAAUUAAAAAAAAAAAUGGAUUCUCCUCCUACAGACGAUAUAAAACAUACCGCUGAUCCAUAUGUAAUAACCGAAAUUACACACGAAGAAGAGAUAUCGGAUAAUCAUUCAAUGAAGCACACGCAAGAAACUGUAACUAAGGCUAUUCCUGUGAUCGACUACUACGAAAAUGAAGUCUACAGCAAGGAAAUCCCCAUACUUAUGCGUGGUAUUCAAUUGGUUAAAUACGGAAACUUGACCGAAUCUCUUCAAUACAGUGAAGGUAUUCCUGUUCCCAAAUUAGAUCAUAAAAAGUCUCAGAUACUGGUCCAAGUCAAGGCUGCAGGCGUGAACCCAAUCGAUGUAAAAGUAGCCAGCGGCAACAUCAAAUUUGCCACUUAUGCCUUGUCUUUACCCACUGUCAUUGGUGCUGAUUUUGCUGGCUUUGUCGUCGAUAAAACUGAUAAAGUGGUGGAUUUCGAUAUUGGUGAUCAUGUUUGUGGUACACAGAGAUUUCCUUUCACUUCGCACGGGACACAUGCAGAGUACACUUUAGUUGACAUUCAUGAUGCUACCGUAGCUAAAAAGCCAAAAGCAAUCCCUUUUGAAACGGCAGCAGCAGCAGGUGUAGCAGUCAUUGCCGCAUACAAAGGUAUUAUAGAACAAGGUUCUAUUGAUGAUGCCAACAAGCAAGAAAAGAGAAGUAUCAUUAUAGUAGGCGCAUCAGGUGGUGUAGGAAAUUACGCUCUUCAGUUGUCGAGAUUAAUCAAUCGAGACAACACAGUCAUUGCCAUUUGCAGUGCCAAGAAUGCAGACAUUAAUCUAUCUUUUGGGGCAACUAAGACUAUUGAUUACAACAAUAAAGAGGAAUUUGAAGAGUUUGUAAAGGCUAGUGAACAUCAAGAAGCUUUCGAUAUUAUUCUCGAUUGUGUUGGCAGUAACGAGUAUUUCGACAAAUUAAGCAGACUGGUGAAAAAAAAGGACGGAGUCUAUUGUUCUACUGUUGGGCUGCUUGAAUAUUUCGGAAGCCAUGGUAAAUUCUCUUUCUCUGCUGCGCUCAAGUUGUUAUGUAAGAUAGGUUACCGAAGUAUGACUUUAAAUGGUCGAUACACCGUUCUAAAUACACUCACUGGCAAUUCCUCUGAUAUAUUAAAGAAAAAAAUAUUGCCCAUUAUCGAGAACAAAAGACUUAUUGCCCCGAUCGUGACUGGACAUAGUACUAAAAUUGUUGCGCCUAUUAUCAGUAACAAUAGCAUAAUCCCUUUAAAAUAUGCACAUGAAGCUUAUAAAAAGAUAUUAACAAAUCAUACCUAUGGCAAGAUCAUACUCACCAUUGAUUGAUGCUCAAAAAAUGAAAUAAAUAAUAAUAAUAAAAAAUAAUUACUGCGUUUUCAUGUGCGUAUUAAUUAAAAU